CGUGCCACUAACAUAUUCGCUAUAGUGUGCACUGUUUUCAGGUCUCUAUGAUGUGCACCAUAUCAAGUUACAAUCAUACUCGCAUGAACUAUGCCUAAACAACAGUUUAAAGACCCUCGGAAGCCUCCCAUUACGGGACGUGACGCAGACUAUGCUCCCAGUCUCCUUGCUAUAGCCGCUAUAGACAGUCAUCAAACAGAAUGUCUGAAGAGCGAAAAGCCCCGAACCGUCGCGCACGAGCUGAGUGUCACUCAAACAGGGACGCAUACUUCGAGUGUCUUACCAACAAGAACGAAGACAGAGCAGCAUGCGCCGAACUGUUUGAGAAAUUCGAGGCCACUUGUAUGCCAUCAUGGGUCAAGCACUUUGUCAGACAGAGGGAGUGGAAUAGAGAGAAAGCAGCCCGUGUCACCUUCGUGCCUACUGAUGAUGAAGCGAAAGCAUGA